CAGGGGGCAUUAUUAAAGCUCGAAUCUCGUGAAGCUCUGCGCGCAUUUUGUGGCGUUCGUUUCGCGCAAUUCGACGGCAUCAUGAGGAUAUCGUCGCUGAGCGUACUUUUCAUCCUGGUGUACGUCGUGGCUGUCGCCCUGAGGGUCUCGGCAGUGCCUGAAAUAUGCAUGCACGGCAACAGACAAUUGACCGUUGGCCAAGUAUAUAUCGACUGCUUCGUUAAGGUGACGUGUCACGCGAAAGGAGUAACCGAAGUAACGCAGUCAUGCAGACAGUACACCUGCGAGCGACCGAGCAUGUGGCGCGGUUACAAGCGAUUCGACAGUACGAAGCCCUACCCGGAUUGCUGCGCCGGAUCGAUUUGCGGAGACGGUCGCAUUAUCUACCUAAGCACCCCAAUGAGAUCCUACCGUCGACCGAAGAGAUUCAUCAAACGGUCGCCUCACGUGAUGGGAAUAAAAUUUGCCUGAGCGUCGGCAGCGAGGCCGUGAACGAAAAUUUUGCAGCAGCGCGCCCCGCUGACGCAUCAUUUUUCAACGUCGACACCUGGCACUGACUCGGAAGAUCCUCGGAAAGCAAUCACGCAAAGCGAAGCGACGAAAUUCGCCGGAUCGUUGGUCCAAUUCAUUCGUGGGCUUAGAUUUUUAAAGGUCAUCGAAAGGCGUCCUCGCGAGAGAACCACCAAUUAUCCGGCGGUCGAUAUUUCUUCGAAACCAUCCCCCAGUUCAGGAUGGUCCUGACAGGCUGUCUUUUCAUGAUCAUCCUUCUAUUUGAGUCUCAACAAGCGAAUCUCCCUGCUCGGAGAGGUAGCACAUUAUUCUCCAUCGCCGAAAGGAGAGUUCGUCAUCUCAAGUUUCCCCCCGACGCGACGAUUCCAUAUAGUUUUUAAAGUUUAAGUUUAAGUUUAAAACAGAAAAAACCCGUUUUUCCCCAUUUUUGUACGAAUUUCUUCAGUUUCUGUCUUGAGGAUACAAAAAUUCGUUUAGAAAAACUCAUAUGUGUUCGAUCAAAGUAUGCUAAAUUUAUUUUUUCUUCGUAAAAAAGGUAAAACCAAACAAAUCUGCUGAAAAAUUGGGAGAAAAACAAUUUUUUCCAAAACUUUAAAACCAUGAUUUCGUAUUUUUAUACGCGAUACACAUUUUCCUAAAGUAAAUCAGUAAAAGCGUUCCUCUGAUUGUAAAUCAGAAAAAGCAUUCAAUGAACUUUUUAGAAAAACACUCCUACUGCUUAGUUGAAAGAGGCUAAUAAGACAAAGCAGUAAAGUGGACAAGAGGUGUAAAAACCUCUCGGGAUGUACAAUCCUUAAUUAAAAGAGGCCAAUAAGAACCGGCGCUGGUAAAUGGUUACGGGAUUAAAAAUUAGUAGACUUAAAAAGUUAAUGAGUCGAAACAAUAGUCGGUUUUUGUCACUGAAGAGGGUCGGUACCUACUACCGAAAUGUUUGGUUUCAUCGCCUCUUUCAAUUAAGAAUUUUAUAUCCCGAGAGCUUGAUUCAUAUAUUCUUAUCUCUCUCGUCCACUUUCGUCUUGUGUCUCAUUGAUCUUGACCGGUGAAAAUAAGAUUUCCCUGCAACAUGUACACGGAGAAAUUAUUGUAAUAAAAAUGACCACAAACUUUUGUAACGUUGGACCAUACCGGAAUUAUAACUGAAAUUAUAAUGUGUGUUCUAAUUUUUAGUGUUGUAUUUCAUUGUAUACAUCACUAAAGAUUACAGCACACAUAAUAAUUUCAGUCAUAACUCCGGUUGUAGACCAACGUUAAAAAAUGUUGUAAUAACUUUUGCUACAAUAUUUUCUCCGUGUAUCUAUCACACAAAUUCGUUAUACUUGAUUGUACCAAAUACAACUUUCCGCUUUUAUGACGAUAGAACGAACGGUUUCCAUGCGUCUUGCCUUGCGUGCAAUGACACAUAAUUUUACUUUAACCUAUGUUUGCAAGCUACAUUGAUAAUAGAAGCAGUCGCUGCUAUUAACCGAUCCUUUCAGCGAAGUUUCACUGAUUGCAAUGCUAUACUUAUGAACUCAACCGCCAAUCAUAAGUAAAGCGUGUUUCAGUGAAGAAUAUACUGAUUGUACUUUAGAUAGCGCACGUAGAAUGAAAAGCCGAGAAUAUUAACGACGAGUUCUCCACUCAUAUUUUUCCUCAUCGGAAUGCCUGUUCCCUUCAGCCGUACCUGGCAUGAUCGAUCUCUCUCUUUCUUCGUUUCUUCUCUUGAAGGGGAAAGAGCAAAUUCGAGGACGGAAAACGCGCGAAGAUAUGCGAAAAGAUGCAGCUGCGAGGAACGGGCACUUUUGCACAACGCUUUCGCGAAUCAACGUGGGAUUUGCGUCAGUGAUUCAGCCGUCGGAUGUUCGCCUGCGUUAAGCUUUCGUUUCGACAGAAACCACGCGAGUUUCUUACGUAUAUACACAUGUAAGAUUAAUGAAACUAAUAUUCGCUAAAUAACCGCAUAUAUGACAUGUAGACAUAUAUAUAUAUAUUCCAUAUGACACGUGA